CAAGAGUAAUAUAAAAGGUGAGAAGCAAAAUCAUUGAUUCAUGGCUAAUUCCACAAUGGAACAAUCUCCUUAUGGUUCUCGACGACGAGAGGAAGCAGAUUUUAAUCUCAGAGAAUGGGCUUCGAGGGCUCAAAUCAGUCGUGAGAACACCAAAUCAAGAAGGUUUUCAGGAUCACAUAUCAGAAGUUUCAGAGAAGAUGCAAGGUCUUUUAGAUCAAGCAUUACCAUCUCUAGCACUGCUUCAUCUCCUGGCUACACUCUCAAAGAAGAAAUUGACCCAUCAACCUACUCCUUCACUGCAGCUCUCAAAGCAUUGCAGGCGAGAGCAGUUUAUAACAGCUGGGAGUGCUUAUCACCAGAUGGGUUUGCUUUGAAUUCUAAGUGGAAUGAAGCAGAGAAGUACAUAUGUAAUCCACUUUCAGGAGAGGUACCAAUGGAAUGUUUAUCAGCUAAAACACUCAGUGGGAGAUCAUUUCGUAACUCAGCAAAUAGAAUUACAAUGUCUGCUCCUCUUGUUUACUCUACUACCCAUUCGAAUAAAGUCCACACAAAGCCUUACGUUGCUACACCAGAUGAUUGUGUCCCUUUCCCCCUUCAAGAAAAGAAAAUGGAGGGCACCACUAGAGAUGUUGGGACUCAAAGCACACCGCCUGAGCUUAGUUCAAGUAGCCCCAGCCCUGCCUCUACUCCUCCUAUUUUAGAGAGAUCUUUGAAGAGAUGUGAAGCAGGUGAAGAUUCUCCUAAAUGUAAUGGCAAGUUGAGAGCUGAAGGGAAGGUGGAAGAAGAGAAAGAAACAAGAAGGGAAAAAGAAGAAGAAACAGCAAAAGGAGAAAGCGAAAAGGAGGAGAGAAAGAAAAAGGAACACGAGCAAAUGUGGAGGUGCAGCAGCAGCAUGCAGGGUGGGUGCUUGUCAUGGAUGAGAAAAAGGCAGAGGGAGAAACAAAAACCAAGAAAGAGGAACAUCUUUCUCAUUAAUCUUGAAGGAUGUUAAAAAUCAAAGAAAGGGAAAUAUUUGGAGGGUUUUCAAGAUUCCUUCUCCCACUCAAACAGAAAGAAAGGAAGAGAUUUUGAGAGAGAGAGAUCUUGACAUGCAUGCAUGAAUUUGUACCUGUGGUGGGGAAAAUGAGGGCAGCAAUCAUGGAUGGACAGAGGUGAAAGAUAGUGGCAAUGACAUAUAUGGUGGUGGGGAUUAUAUUUGUUCUGUUCUUUUCUUUUUUUAUUUUUUUUCUUUAAAUUUUUGGGUUACAGUAGGAAGUGAUGUUAUGUGUUGUUUUUUUUACUUUGUUAUGGUGGAAAUUGGCUGACAGCUUUUGGGUUCACGUGGGAGCUUUUGUUUGUGGCUUUAGUAUGGAAAGGUUCCUCUUUUUCAUUUCA